AUGACAAGAAGGAAAGAUCUCAGCGGGGCCGAACGACAAGCCAUUGCUUUGUUUCUUCUGCAAAACUCAUCAAAUGGGAUGCUUCACUAUGGGACAGCCAAGGCAGCCAUGGAGAAAUGGGGAUGCUGUCGGAGUUCUAUCGCCCGUUUGUGGAAGGCUGUAAAAGAGGAACAUGCACAAGGUCAGUUGGUCACCGUUCAAAGCAAAAAAAUCAGUAAGAGUCGAAGGAAAAGAGUGCACAUAGAUUUGGAACUCAUUUCAAGUCUUGAAUUGCACAAAAGGGGUACAAUUCGAAGGCUUGCAACCGGCAUAAACUGCUCAAAGAGCACAGUUGGUAGAUGGAUAUCAAAGGGGCUGAUCAGACCUCAUUCUAGUGCCAUUCGACCAGAUUUAACAGCCCCCAACAAGUUAUUACGGCUGCGGUUCUCUCUAGAACAAAUUGUGUAUGGCAGAAUAUGCAAUGUCCUCAAGUUCAAUAACAUGCACAAUGUUAUUCAUGCUGAUGAGAAGUGGUUCUACAUGAGCAAAGUAAAUCACAAAUUUUACUUGACUCCAGCAGAAAUCGACCCACACCGCACAUGUAAAAGUAAAAAGUUCAUCAAAAAGAUUAUGUUCCUAUGUGCAGUGUGUAGGCCGUUAUUUGAUGAAGAUGGAAAUGUAUUAUUCGAUGGAAAGAUAGGGAUUUUUCCGUUCACUGAGAUGGUACCAGCGAAGCGAAAAUCAAAGAACCGGGAGGCUGGAACCUUAGAAGAGAAGCCAAUUCAGUCCAUCACUAAACAAGUGAUGAAGGACAUGUACAUCUACAAGCAAGAUAAUGCUAAGCCCCAUAUAAAAGAUGAUGAUCCUGAUUUUAGAGCAGCUGCAAGUGCAAAUGGAUUUGAUAUUCGAAUUAUUCAUCAACCUCCAAAUAGUCCAGACGCCAAAAUCAAUGAUUUAGGUUGGUUUAGGGCUAUUCAAAGCUUGCAAGUGCAGGCAGUUAGCUCAAAUGAAACUGAACUAGUGCAGGCAGUGCAGAAAUCAUUUGAGGAGCUUAGUGCAGUGACUUUAAACAAUGUGUUUUUGAGCCUUCAAGGCUGCUACACUGAGAUAAUGAAGGUUAAAGGGCAGAAUUGUUAUAAAAUCUCACACAUGAAGAAGGGGAUGCUUGCAAGACAGGGGAAUUUUCCAAUGGCAUUAGAGGUCCCUAAAGAGCUAGUGGAAGAGUGUUUGGCAUACUUGAUUGAGCAGGGAGAUGUGGAUGGCAUAGAAGAGUUGAGGGAGCAGUUGGGAUUACAAGAGGAUGGCAGAGAUGACAUUGGACAAGAAGAUGCAGGCAGAGAUGACAUUGGACAAGAAGAGGAUGCAAUUGAUGCAAUGGAGGCAGCCUUCAAUCAAAUGAAAUUGAUUGAUGAUGCCUCCAUUUAG